UGACUGCCGACUUUACACCUGUCUCUCUCUCCCAGGAGGGGGCCGAAACUGUGGUGUCCAUGAGCUCGUCUGUGCCAGAAGAGCAACAAGCUGUCAGUGGGGAGUCCCGACGAUCUGUCACAGCUCAGUGGUUAUAACAACACACAGCCAGUGCCUCUAAUGAGCUGAUCUAGCGCUCAGCGUGGCGACAGGAUCCCCGGCUGAGAGAUGGCCUUCUUCAAGAGCUUCCAGCAGAACCUCCCGUCUGUUAACAUCUCCUCCAUCUUGGACUCGGUCACCAGCCGCGUGGACGACCUGGCCAACGCCGUCAGCGAUGCCACCUACGCCGUCAGCGACCAGCUCUCCGAGCAGGUCACCACCGUCAUCAAGAAGGUGCACGAGGAGGAAGACGGGGAGGGCAGCGGCGGCGGGCAGGGGGCCGCUCAGACGUCCAGCGCACAGGAAGGGAAGGGCGGCGGGAAAAGCAUGUGGCCGAUGAGCAGAGACGCUGACACGAGCAGCACGGCUUCAAGAAACAACCAGACCGGCGACUCAGCGGAGGCCGAGCACACGCAGAGCCAGAUGGAGUGGGAAUGGAGGGACGGCUGCUGGCGGGUUAAAAAGACGGAAGCUGAGUUGGCAGAGGAAGAGAGGAAGAAGAAGGAGGAGAAGGAACUGCAGGAGAAGAGAGAGCAGAGGAGGAGAGAGAGGAGGGAGAAGCAGCUCGAGAAAGAGGCUCAGAGAAAGAAAGAGGAAGAGCGAGAGGGAGAGGAAGAGGAAGAAGCUGAGGAGAAAACGGAUGAGGGUCGUGCACAAGGCAGAAAGAUGAGUGAUGGUGAAGACCAAUCAGCUGCUCAGCAGGGGGCGGAGGAGAGUGCUGACGCUCCCCGUUCACCUGGAUCUGAAAGCAGGGCGAGAGAGAAAAAGCCAAAAGAGGAGGAGGGAGAAGAGGAGGAAGAGGUGGAGAACGGCGUGGAGAGAGAGGGGGACGAUGAGGAAGAGGCUGAACCUCCUGUGCCUCCGUCAAAGGUAAAGAAGAAAAAGUCGGACAAGAAGAAGAAGAAGGGAAAAGACGCAAAAGAGGAUUCAAAGAAACCAGGAAAAGCCUCAGAUGUGGAGAAAAAGAAGGAGAAAGGAAAGAAGAGCAAGAAGAAAAAGAAAGGCAACCAAGAGGCAGUUCUAUCAGACAGCGAGGAGGACAGAGGCCCGGAGGCGACGGCCCAGCAGAACUCAACCUCAGCGUGGAGCAGCGAACGCAAACAGCCCAGCGAGCAGGGAGGCUACAGCAGUGAGGCCUCCAGCGACCACGCCAACAGCAUCCAGAGGGUGAAGAAGGAUUCGUCUCUCAACGAGCUGCAGCCUCCUCCGUACCAGGACAAGGGCCCGCCCCCCCGGGCCUCCUCCCGCUCGGAGCGAGGGGUCCGGAGGGGGUCGCCCCCCCAGCGCUGCGACAGCCCCCGCGGCUCCAGUGAGGCCAGCGUGGACCAGGACACGGAGAGCUACCUCAACAAGGGCUGUGAGGAGGACAUACCCAGUGACAGCACAGCGGUUCUGGGACCUGAGGAUGGCUGUGGUCUCCAGCUCCCCAUGGCCUACGAGCCGGAGCCCCUCGCCAAAUACGGAACGCUGGACGUCGCCUUCGAGUACGACUCCAGCGAGCAGUGGCUGGCCGUCACCGUCACCGCGGCCACAGACAUCCCAGCCCUCAAACAGACGGGGAACAUCUCGUGGCAGGUCCACCUGGUGCUGCUGCCGACCAAGAAGCAGCGGGCCAAGACCGGCGUGCAGAAGGGCCCCUGUCCCAUCUUCACCGAAACGUUCAAGUUCUCCAGAGUGGAACAGGAGGCGCUGGGGGACUACGCCGUUCGAUUCCGCCUGUACAGCAUCAGGCGGAUGAAGAAGGAGAAGGUCCUGGGAGAGAAGGUGUUCUACCUGACCAAGCUCAACCUCCAGGGCAAGAUCGCUCUUCCUGUCACGCUGGAGCCCGGCUCUGAACUCGCGGGUUGCGGCUCCGUGGUGAGCGUGUCCCGCAGCGCAGGAGCUAUGACCUACCGCUCCACCGAGGACUCGUCCCUGCCCGAGAUCCUCCUGGGUCUCAUCUACAACUCUACCACAGGAAGGUUAUCUGCUGAGGUCAUCCAGGGAAGCCACUUCAAAACCACAGCGUCCGAUAAGCCCGUCAAUGGUCUGUUUUGUUGUAUAAAACACUUUGUAGGGGGACAGCUUUAUAUCAUGAGAGACACCUACGUGAAGCUCACCAUGCUGGACUCCAAGGGCAAGGAGAUGUCCAAGUGCAAGACGGCGGUGUGCCGCGGGCAGCCCAACCCCACCUACAAGGAGACCUUCAUGUUCCAGGUGGCGCUCUUCCAGCUGUCCGAGGUGUCCCUGGUGGUGUCGGUGUUCUGCCGCCGCAGCAGCAUGAAGCCCAGGGAGCGGCUGGGCUGCGUGGCCCUGGGCCUCAACAGCACCAGCGAGGAGCAGCAGGCCCACUGGACCGAGAUGAAGGAGGCCGAGGGCCAGCAGGUCUGCCACUGGCACACGCUCUCCGACACAUAG